UAUGAUUAUGUGAUGUGCGUGUGAUACGAUUUCUCUUUUGUUUAUUAGUUAUUGUCUUAAAGUAUUUUUACGCGGACGUGUCUUGUAAUAAGGGAUAUUAUUACUUAAUUUAUAUUUAUUACUUUAAAGUAGCGAUAUCUAAUCUCGGACUGAGUUUCAACCGUAUUUGUCAUUAUCAAUAUCAAAUUAGUGUGUUUUGUGCAUCUUAGUGCAGUGUUCGUUUACAUCGUUGUGACUUUAUUUUUUUAUUAUUACAUUUGUGGCAGUUUUACAGUGAAUAAUGAAUUUAUCGUUCGCUGGGUGCGGGUUUCUUGGCAUUUAUCAUGUCGGCGUAGCAGUGUGUUUUAAGAAAUAUGCACCACACUUGCUUUUGGGUAAAAUCUCUGGCGCCUCGUUUGGUGCUCUGUCUGCCUGCUGUUUACUGUGUGAUGUGCCCAUAGGUGAAAUAACCAGUGAUGUCCUCCGAGUGGUUGGAGAGGCCCGGGCAGGGUCCCUCGGCCCCUUCAGCCCGUCCUUCAACAUUCAGAACGUCCUUCUGGAAGGCAUGGACAAGUACUUGCCACAAGACGUGCACAAGAUCGUCAGCGGCAAGCUGCACAUUUCACUCACGAGAGUGUACGACGGGAAGAACGUCAUUGUCUCAGAGUUUCCGACGAGGCAGGAUUUAAUGCAGGCAUUACUAGCGUCAUGUUUCGUGCCAGUGUUCAGUGGAGUGUUACCACCGCGCUUCCAUGGCAUCCGAUAUAUGGACGGCGGCUUCAGCGACAAUCUACCCGUGCUCGACGAGAACACCAUCACAGUCAGCCCGUUCUGCGGAGAGAGCGACAUCUGCCCGAGGGAUCUUAGCUCGCAGUUGUUCCAUGUCAGUAUAGCCAAUACAAGCAUAGAGCUAUCAAAGCAGAACAUCAACAGAUUCGUCCGCAUCCUCUUCCCGCCGAAGCCGGAGGUGCUGAGCAACAUGUGCAAGCAGGGCUUCGACGACGCUCUCAGGUUCCUGCAAAGGAAUAACAUGAUCUCCUGCACCAGGUGCUUGGCGGUGCAGUCCACCUUCCAACUGCAGGAGGUUUUGGAUGAUACUGUAUACGAUUAUGACCCGGAUUGUGAGGAGUGCAAGACACAUAGACAGGAUGCACUAGAGGACGACCUACCCGACACAGUGAUGUCGAUAUUCCAAAACGCAAUAGACUCUGCUAACCAUGGCAUCGUGAACUGGGUGUUGCGGCAGCGCGCCGUGCGCUACCUUAGCAUCAUGACUCUGCCAUACCGCGUGCCCAUCGACAUCAUGUACGCUACUCUCACCAACUAUGUCGGGGAUACCGUAGAGAAGCAUUCGGUGCAAUACAAAGUGGCCGCUAAUGUGCUCGUCGUUAGGAAGAGAUGUAUCCGACACAACAACACUAUGACUAGCGGUAUAACAACGUUCAAAAAUGGCCGUGGGCUUGUUUACGAAGACAUCGAUCUCGUCACAGCCAACCAACAAGCCCUAGCCCUAUUGGACGUCGCAAAGAGAAUAAUGAGCCUCUCAUUUGUAGCGUGCACUCCGAAGAUGACUCGGUCGCUAUGGAAGCUUAGCCUGAACCUCAUCCAGCAGCUGCAUGCGUUCCUGUACUCCGCGCACGACCGGUCCGAGGCCGCCGCGCAGAUCUACUACAAGCUCACCAUGGACGCCAAGAAGGAAGUCGCGGACGGACGCCAGGUGGACAGAAGAAGAGCGAGCGAGAUGCGCAUAUCGUACGGAGACGUGCUCGCGGACGACACGUUCGAACACAUCCUCAAUGUGACGUCACACCACGACGCACUUCUGGCUUAUUACUACCUCGACAGUGACAAUAAGCGGAGCCCAGCCAAAAUCCGCGGAUUCCGAACACAGAUCAGGAGACAGAUCUUGGCAGAUGAAAAUGACAGAGAUAUACGACGUGACGGACGCGGACACGGACGCGGUGCAGUCGCCGGCCGAGCGCGUCGUCAACGAGCAGCUGGAGUUCGAAAACGACUGGUCGCGCGACAUGAUCGCAGAUGCCGACUCGCUCGACGUGGACUCGGAGUCGCUCGGCGAGCGCAACUUGUUCUCGGACCCCGAGAGCGAGUGGCGCCGACACUCGCUGGCCAGCUCGGAGAGCGACGCCGAGCAGCCCGAGAGCGACCGCCGGCCGCACGAGGCCCGCUAGCCGGCGCAAGUGCCGCUUGCAGUGACAAGCUCUACAAUGUCAUCAUCAAUGUCCAAUUUAUAUGAAAAUAUCUUCAUAUUUCUAUCAUCUAUAUCAAGUUUCUAUGUUCGCGAUAGAUGACGCGAUUAUAAAAUAAAUGUACAGAUCGCGUCACCUAUCUAACUAGCAUAUCAAAGUAAAGAUAAAGUGACAAUAAAAAUAGAAUGCAAUGUAAUGUAUAAAUUAUAUUUACAGUACAUAUGGUGCUACUUUACCGCACUAGUGCGAAAAUUAGCAUAUUACGUUACUGUGUCGUACAUUUUUCAAUCGCUUACCUUCUUUCUAAUGCUAAAAAAACGAACUAUAGGGCUGAUAGCAGACGAGCUGUUGAUGUUUGUAUUACAGUAGUUGUAGAACAUCAAUGAUUCUAUGAACUAUAUGUAAAGUCAGAUCCACAUGUUGGAAACUAAUUAAAUGUUGUCACUGAUAUUUGUAACUCUAAAAAGGAGUCAAACUUAUUUAAAUGAAAUGCUAAAUUAAAAUUGCAUUUAUAUUAUAGAUAAACCCUAAUCAUUUUCCAGUUUUUAUAUGUAAUAUUACAAUAUAAGUUACCUUAAAAUCAAAGCCAAAACGUGAUAAAAUAAAUAUAAAUAUGUUGGUUCGUUUUAGUUUAAGAAUUUGUUACCUAUGUUUCAAAUCUAACUGACCAAAAAAAAAAAUGUAUUAACUUAUCGCGUAAGCUAUAGACAUUCUAAUAUUAUUAGGUGAUGGCAAUAUAAAUAUAACCAAGUGCGUGGGGGCAGGCUACUAUGGAAACUAAAAGUUUUCUCAACAAUAACCUGCAUCAACCUUUUCUUUCAUGAUGGGACGACAGUAGUUAACUAGACGAAUGUCCUCUUUCUAAACAUUACAUUAUUAAGGUAUUGUGAAGCGCCAGCGAUCUUAUCCUAUAGUGACUUAUAAAAACAGUACCUGAAAUACAACAUAAGAAAUUGUCAAAAAUAAAAAAGCAAAACACUGACUUAAACUUUCACAAUUUUUACCUACACAUUACUCAAGGUACGCGAUUGAGCAUCUUGUUAUUGAUAAAAAAGCAUGUUUCGUAACAACACAUUGAAAGAAAAUGUAUUUUGGGUAGUGUUUAAGAUGAACGAAAUUAAACAAUUGCGCAAGGAUUUUUCAUAAAUUAUUAUAUAAAAAAAAAGUAAAUCUGUGUAAAAUAUCUUUUUUUUUUCAUAUCACAUUAAUUGCUAUUAAUUUGGCUCUCUACUUUGAUACUAUUCAUGAAUUUAACGGCCAUGACAUGAAAUAUCCUGCCUGCAAGGCUUCUUCUCCUAUAUAAGUAUAUAUCCUAUGAUCAAGCCGGACGGGCAGUCUGGCUUAGUCCUACAUGGGAAUGUGGCCAUAGUCGUACGUAGCAAGCAAAAAUGUUAUCGAGGGAAGAUUAGGAAGUGAAGAAAAUAAAAUAUUUUAUAAUCGUUAAUCAGUUUUCUCACAUUAAUUCUUAGCUAUAGUUGUAUCUAUCCUAAGUCACGAUUAUUCUGAUAGCCUGCUUAUACCCAAGAACUGCAUUCAAGUUAGAUACCACACUUAAGCCCGGUUUUAAAAAUGUUGUAGGUAUCAGACUUAAUUGUGCUAUAGGUUCGUUUAUUCGUGACUUACAUUAUAUUUUAUUGUCCGUAGUUAACAGUAAAGAAGGCGCAGGGUAUUCUUUUGAACAUUCAAAACAUUAAAAUAUGAAAAAGUUAAUUAUUUUUUUCACUGUGAUCUGUGAUAAACACUCAAACGAUGACAAAAUUAUAUGCACAAUUUCUCUAUUGACAAUAAAAUCGCUUGUUGAAUAUUGUUAUUAAAUUUACCUGCUGGCUGCACCUAGCUACCAAUGAUUUAUUGUCAUUAUACCCCGCUGCGGCGGUGACUUAUGUAUUGUUGGUUAUUUAUUAAGUAUUUAGUGGUUCUUACUUUUUAAUUAGUCAUAUUUUAAAUAUCACAAAUUACAUUUUAAUAUAAAAAUAUAA